CGGAAGCUGGGCCGGAGUGUGGCUUUGGAAAUGGCUGCUCACAUUAGCAGCAGUAGCUGAAGCUGGGACUGAAGGGGAAACGUGCUGCUGGGGGCUUUAACUGUAUACACUUGGGGACGGCAGCUGCUGUAAACGCUCAGGGAGGACUGGAGCUGUUAAAUAUCCGCCGCUUAUCGAUUAAUUUGAUGAAUUAAAGCCAUAAUUCCGGGCAGGAGUGCUGGGGAGCUAACAGGCUAACAGCAUCCGCGGCUGUGAGACUCUGGUUGUUUGUAAUGUUAAUUUUUUCGAUUGUUUAGUUGUUUAGAGAGGUUACCGGAUGACUGCGAGGCGGUGGAGCUGUAUUAAGGCUGUAAGGGAACGCUAGCCUCGCUGCUCGGUUUAUUUAGCUAGUUAAGCUAAGCUACGCGUUCAUUUAUCAUUUGUUUGUUUGUGGCUCCUUCACUCUAAACCCCGCUAGUUGAGUUAACGUUAACUAGUUAAGCUAGCUUCGAGUUAAAUAGUCCCUCCGCGGCCCCGAUGCCCGAGCGCGGCCCCAGGAUGAACGGCUUUUCCCUCGGCGAGCUGUGCUGGCUCUUCUGCUGCCCGCCGUGCCCGAGCCGCAUCGCGGCCAAGCUCGCCUUUCUCCCCCCCGAGCCCACCUACACGAUGCGCACGGCCAACGACGGCUCGUGCAGCCUGCACCUGACCGAGCGCGCGGACUGGCAGUACACGCAGCGCGAGCUGGACGCCGUGGAGGUGUUCAGCACGCGCACCAGCCGCGGGAACCGCAUGGGCUGCAUGUUCGUGCGCUGCGCCCCGGGCAGCCGGUACACGGUGCUGUUCUCGCACGGGAACGCGGUGGAUCUGGGCCAGAUGUGCAGCUUCUACAUCGGCCUGGGCUCGCGCAUCAACUGCAACGUCUUCUCCUACGACUACUCGGGCUACGGGGUCAGCACCGGCAAACCCAGCGAGAAGAACCUGUACGCGGACAUCGAGGCGGCCUGGCAGGUGCUCAGGACCAAGUACGGCAUGACCCCGGAGAACAUUAUCCUGUACGGGCAGAGCAUUGGCACGGUGCCCACGGUGGACCUGGCGGCUCGGUACGAGUGUGCCGCGGUCAUCCUGCACUCUCCCCUCAUGUCCGGCCUGCGCGUGGCCUUCCCCGACACCCGCAAGACCUACUGCUUCGACGCCUUUCCCAGCAUCGACAAAGUAUCGAAGGUGGCGUCUCCCGUCCUGGUCAUCCACGGCACGGAGGACGAGGUCAUCGACUUCUCCCACGGCCUGGCCAUCUACGAGCGCUGCCCUCGCGCCGUGGAGCCGCUGUGGGUGGAGGGCGCCGGGCACAACGACAUCGAGCUGUACGCUCAGUACCUGGAAAGACUGAAGCAGUUCAUCACCUUUGAGCUGGCUACCUCCUGAACACGCGCCCGCGCACACACAGUUACCACAGUACCACUCGCCCAACUGCGCCAACCAAGACCACGGCACACCUUCUCUUCUGAGGAGCUCCUCCAACACCGGGGCUGAGGAGCACCAUCAAGUAUUUGCACUUGCUGGGAUGAAACAACUACAAAAAAAAAAAAACAGUAAAAUAAAACAAAACAAAAAAAAAAAAGAAUAAUACUCUGAACUUGAACUGUUUAAGGCUCUGCUGCAGCGGCGACAGUAGUUGGUGUUGGUGAUGGUGGUGAUGAAGUUGAAGAUGCUGAAGAUACGCAGCAGAGCCUUUCCAUCUCUACAGGGGAGGGAAGGGGAGGGGGACGGAUUGGGGAAAGGAGGGGAGGGGAAAUGAAGUGGGUGGGGUUAUGUGGGGGGAGGGGGGUGGGACGUUUUAACAGGUUUGAUUAACUGAUAUUCUUCUUUUCUACCUUGAUGAAGAAAAUUUCAAGAAAGAUUUUUGCACCAACUUUUUCGUGUUGUUUUUGAACUGUUUAAUUGAAUUUUUUUGAUUCUCGUCUUUUGAGUAGUACCCAGCUCUUUGUUGGGGAAAUUAACGGAUGCACUUUUAUCGUGCAAAUAUUUUCAGGUGACCACUGUAUAUUUUUUUUUUUCCUUUUUGUUUAAUUUUUUUUGUAUUAUUGAUGAUCUGAUUUGUUUUUAAUGGCAUUUGUUUCGUGGCAUUCCAUUUCGAUUCUCUUGAACUGAGAUGAAACUUUGAUGAUGACUUUGCUCUCAGAGUUUUUACGAGGCCAGUCUGUGGGAGCGAGAGAAGAGUGUGUACGUCUGUUCUGUCUUCGUUUCUUUCUUUUUGUUUGUCCGGUGAACGAAUACACGAAUACUGCCCAGGGAAAACUGCUCAGUUGAAAUUGAACUGGAAGAAAAACUUGCCUUACUGAGACCGAGAAAGAUAAGAAAAGAAGAGAAAUAGAAGAGAGUGAGAGAAAGAAAGACAGGAAGAGACCGACAGACAGAAGGAAAGAGAGAGGGAGAUAUCCACUAUGAACUGUUUGGCUCUGGAGCAUGGUGCUUUGUGUUACUGAAUUUAAUCAGGGCAUUGUUUUUUUUCUGUGUAGAAAAGACACUACGAUAAUCAAUACACUAAAUAAUGAUAAUAGGGUCUUAAAAAUGUGAACUACUUUUUUUGAUCAUUUCCUUUGUUUGUUUUUUUUGUAUGCUUAUUUUACUUUAGCGCCAACACUAUUAUUAGUAAGCCUUACACCCUCAGACAUUUUUGGGCCUUUAAAGUUUUUUUUUUUUGGGCCUUUAAGGGUUUGUUUGGGCCUUUUUAAGGUUUUUUUUGGGCCAGUGUUCUUGGGGUAAAUGCUAGCUGCUACUCUUCGAAUAAGGAAAAUCUCAGUUAUUUCAUGGGAACGGGCUUUUCUCGGGGUGAACGCUAGCUGCUACUCUUUUAAACAAGAAAAAUAAUCACUGUGAAACUGAACUUUGGCAAAAAUAGGUAGUAAAAAGGUACAAAGUCCAACACUGACCGCAUUGAGCCAGUUCUCUCGACGUUUUCUCCAUGUUUCGCAGCUUCAUCAUCAUCUUUUUCUUCUUCUUCAACCCCAAAGGACACGAACCCCUGCAAACAAAGAGCGAGUAUCUAGAUGAAGAACAAUACCAAUGCUUUGCUUGGAGGGUUCACUUUUUCUUUCGUAGGAAGGGAGCGGCUUUGCAAAUGUUAAUGUAUUCAGGCCUGUGUUUCAGGGGUAGCACUAGACAUUAGAACGACAUGACUUGAACUUGGACACGUUUUUUUUUUUUUUUUUUUUUAACUUCCGUGAGAGCUUUCCUUGCUCGCUCCCUCGCUCACUCACUCACUCGCUCGCUCGCUCGCUCAGUGACAAAGGAAGAGUUGUAUUGUUUAAUUGGAGCGGCGGCUGCUGUUGUUACCACUUGAUGACGAUUGUCUGCGAGAUGAAGAAGUGACUUUUUGGACUGUUUGGGGCGGGUGGGCUGAAUUUCUAAUGGGUUUGGAUCUGUGUAUUGCUGUAGGGUGGUGAAGCAGUAACGGUUUGUUUGUAUGUAUGUGUGUGUGUGUGUGUGUGUAAACAGGAUGUCGUCUUGUUUUUCAUCUCAUUACCAAGGGUCCUAAAAGGAGGCGGGGCCAAAGAGACCUUCCCUUUAUUCAACGGGAAUUCCCUUUAUUUAUCUCCACAAUCUACAAGCUCUCCAAGGUCUUUUCAAUUGAGACUCUUUUUAAAGAACGGCUGACUGAACCACACCCCCCCCAACCGACUGAGCCCCGUCAUUGUUUUGAUACUGAAGUUUUUACGGUGUUUUUUCCAGUACUACUUCAUAUUAUUAUCUUUACACCUCUUUUAAUGCUGGUUUGUAAGAUAUAGAUAUAAGAUGCUCUGUACUGUACACACUUCUCUAACUCCUCUCUAUAGAUAGAUCGGUGCAACAGGAAAUAAACGGAUGGUAUUUAGCCUUUCUUUUUUUUCCUUUUUUUUUUUUUUUUAUUAAAAGAAGUUUGACACUGGAAUCACUGUAUGCAAGUAUGAUACAGAAAAAUGAAGUAAAGCUAGUUGGUACAAACAGUGCUAGUGUAACUGUUUUAAACUGUUUUCUUUCUCCUCGGAUUAAAAAUGAAGAAGCCUUAAAUGUGCCGUGAGACAGAUUAUUACUCUCUUUAUGUUGGCUGUUGCUUCAGGGCGACACACUGGAUGUUGUUGUAUUGCUAUGUAAUGGAAUAAAGGAUGCAUGGAAUCAUAAA